AUGUCUGAACAGUCCCCUGUGAAGAAGAAGACGCCGCGCUCGUGGAAGAGCCUGCUGUGGGACACUUGGGACAAGCCUGAGGAGGAGAGGAAGUUCCUGUUCCGACUCGACGCGUGUCUCCUCACGUACGCGGCGCUGUCCUACUUCAGCAAGUACCUGGACCAGAACAACAUCACGAACGCUUAUGUCUCCGGGAUGAAAGAAGAUCUUGGGCUUCACGGCAACCAGCUGAACUACAUUACGACCGCGUGGACGUGCGGCUACGUCAUCGGGCAAAUUCCUUCGAACAUGCUCAUUACGCGCAUACGUCCUUCGAUCUGGAUACCCGCGAUGGAGGUUAUCUGGAGUGUCCUUACAAUGAUAUUGGCGACAUCGAAGAACUUCGAGACUCUCGUCGUGAUACGGUUCUUUGUCGGUCUUGCCGAGUCGACAUUCUAUCCCGCCAUCCAGUACGUCAUCGGCAGCUGGUACAAGGGAGAAGAACUCGGCAAACGUGCUUGUAUUUUUCAUACAGCAAGUGCUCUUGGUCCGAUGUUCAGCGGGUUCCUUCAGACGGGAGCAUACAACGGUUUGAACGGAACGUAUGGCCUAGCGGGUUGGAAAUGGCUGUUCAUAAUAGACGGUAUCAUCACGAUCCCGAUCGCGCUUCUCGGUUUCUAUAUCAUGCCGGAUCUUCCGACGACCACGAAGCCGUCUGCUAUCUUGUCUCAAGCCCAUCUUGAUAUCGCGAAGGCUCGGAUGGAGAAGGUUGGGAGGAAGCCACCAGCACCUUUCACCCGCGAGAAGGCAAGUCUUAAGGGAAGGCAUGCGAAGACUCUUCUCAUCGUUCUUCAGACCAGGGGCUUUUUCGCCACUUGGCACAUCUAUACCUUGGUGCCGCUAUACGUAUUGUUCAAUAAUGGGAAUGGUGCCAGCACCGAGAUGAUCUUCUGGUUGAAGAGUUUCAACACUCGCGCCGGCAAGGAGGUUUACAGCGUGGGUCAGAUCAACACUUAUCCCCUACCUAUAUAUGCCGUGCAAGUUGUUACAACGCUCUGCUACGCUUGGUGGUCCGAUAUCGUCGGCGCUCGAUGGCCUCCCAUGCUCUUCGCCGGGACGUGGAAUAUGAUAACUUGCAUCGUGCUCGCUGCGACGCCUCUUUACACCCACACAGCUAGACGAUGGGUACUCUAUUACUUCACGAGCUGCAUGGGUGGCUUAUCAGGCCUGAUCCUCGCAUGGGCGAACGAAUUGACAGGCAGCGACAACGAGAAACGGUCGUUUGUCGUCAGCAACUGCAACAUGUGGGCGUACGUGAUGCAAGCCUGGCUACCGAUCCUCAUAUUCCCACAAGUCGAGCAGCCGCGCGUUCUGAAAGGCAACGUCACCACGGCGGUCAUCGACUUCUUCAUGAUGGUAUUCGCCAUGCUCACGCUCUAUCUUUCUCGUCGCGACGAGCGCAAGGCAGCCAAGCAGCGCAAGCUCGAGAGCGCACUCGACGCCUCUGUCGCGGAAGCGGACGAGGAUCCUGAUCGCAAAAGUAUCGACCUGAAGGUAAUCGCUGCCUGA